AUGUGUCCUCCCUCUACCUCAACUUUUCCUCCAGUUGCUCAACCUUCCUCAACUCUUCUGCAAAGAGAGGCACCACUCUCAAACCCUCCACAAGCUAAAUUAUCUUCUUAUUUUUAUCCACCAGUAGAAGAUCAUUCCUUCUCGAUUCAUUCAGUAGGAGUACCUUCCCUAACCUUUCCACAAGAAAAAGCAUCAUCAACUCUUACUCCUGUAGAAGUACACGUUUCUGCUCAUCCUGCAGAAGAAGUAUCCCCCUCUACUCGUCCUUCAGAAGAAGAAACCCCCUCUACUCGUCCUUCAGAAGAAGUCGUCCUUCAGAAGAAGAAACCCCCUCUACUCGUCCUUCAGAAGAAGUAUCCCCCUCUACUCGUCCUUCAGAAGAAGAAACCCCCUCUACUCGUCCUUCAGAAGAAGAAACCCCCUCUACUUGUCCUUCAGAAGAAAUAUCCCCCUCUACUCGUCCUUCAGAAGAAGAAACUCCCUCUACUCGUCCUUCAGAAGAAAAAUCCCCCUCUACUCAUCCUUCAGAAGAAGUAUCUCCCUCUUCUCGUCCUUCAACAGAAUUAUUUCCCUCUACUAGUCCUUCAGAAGAAGAAUCCCCCUCUACUUGUCCUUCAGAAGAAGUAUCUCCCUAUAAUCGUCCUUCAGAAGAAGUAUCCCCCUUUACUUGUCCUUCAGAAAAAGAACUCCCCUCUACUUAUUCUUCAGAAGAAGUAUUUCCCUCUACUUGCCCUUGAGAAGACGUAUCCUCCUCUAGUCUUCCUUCAGAAGAAGAACACCCCUCUACUUGUCCUUCAGAAGAAAGAAGUACUCCCCUCUACUCAUUCUUCAGAAGAAGUAUUUCCCUUUGCUUGUCCUUCAGAAGAAGAACCCCUCUCUACUCUUUCUUCAGGAGCAGUAUCCCUCUAUUAUAAGAAGUAUUCCCCCUUUACUUGUCCUUCAGAAGAAGCAUCACCCUCUACUUGUCCUUCAGAAGAAGAAACCCCCUCUACUCGUCCUUCAGAAGAAGAAACCCCCUCUACUCGUCCUUUAGAAGAAAUAUCCCCCUCUACUCAUCCUUCAGAAGAAGUUUCCCCUCUACUCGUCCAUCAACAGAAGUAUCUCCCUCUACUCGUCCUUCAGAAGAAGAAACACCCUCUACUCGUCCUUCAACAGAAGUAUCUUCCUCUACUCGUCCUUCACAAGAAGAAACACCCUCUACUAGUCAUUCAAAAGAAUUAUUUCCUCUACGAGUCAUUCAGAAGAAGAAUCCCCCUCUACUUGUCCUUCAGAAAAAGUAUCCCCCUUUACUCGUCCUUCAGAAGAAGUAUCCCCCUUUACUCGUCCUUCAGAAGAAAUAUCCCCUUUACUCGUCCUUCAGAAGAAGUACUCCAGCUCUACUUGUCCUUCAGAAGAAGUACUCCAGCUCUACUCGUCCUUCUGAAGAAGUACUCUCCCUCUGCUUGUCCUUUGAAAGAAGUAUUCCCCUAUACUCUAUAUUCAGAAGAAGUACUCUCCUUUACUCAUCCUUCAGAAGAAGAACUCUCUUCUACUCUUCCUGUAAAAGAAGUGUUUCAGUCUACUAUUCCUUUAGUAAAAAUACCUUCUUCAACUCAUCUUUUAGUAUUGGCACUGGUGGCCUUUUAUAAGUAUCUACGAUCUACCACAUUUUUAGGCAACUAUGCAGAGUUUGUCGCAAAGACUCAAUAUCAGUCUUAA